CAGCCGUCUCCGAACCUCCACCCACCACGUCCACCGGCCCUCAUGGUAAACUCUCCCCCACAAGGCCUCCCGCCAAUAAAGCUCAAGCUCUCUCUCACAAACAUACACCAACCCUCCACCCCUACUCCCACACACAAUAAGAAGGGCAAGCGCGCCGCUCCUCCCAUAGACGCCCACGAUGCCAACUCGUCUUCCCUUUUGCCGCGCCCCAAACUCAAGCCCAAUGCCGCCGGUCCAUCCGCCUUCCGUAUAAGUCUUCCGGCGGUAGGGUCUUCCACUGCGGACCUUUCAACUGUGGCGACUCCUGUCCCGUCGACUGCAUCUUCCCCUGCCAACCCCAUAACUCCUUCGGGGUCUGCAUCAAAAGCCCAAACAAGUCCCGGUAAGAAGUCAUCUAUCAAGAAAUCUGCAAAACCCUUAGCGUCCAAGAAAAAGACUGGCCCUAGACGGCCGCCGUCUGCCAUCCCUCAAAGAUUGUUGUCCUCAACUUCCACUACGCCGUCAAAACCCAGUGCUGCUAUUCCCGAGACACCCACACAGGUCAAGGCUGAGCCCGAAGAUAUAUCGCCUGCUUCUUCGUCCAUUCCGCCAGCUGAAGAAGUUACUGGUAUAUCAACACCAUCGCAGAACGGCGGUGAAGAGACCCCUGGAACAGGCAAACGACCGACCAAGUGGAUGCGUGUGAAAAAGCCAUUGAAAGAGCUUUUGCAGAAGAUUAUGGUCGAAAUUAGAAAAAAGGAUGACUAUGCGCUGUUUGAAGAACCUGUCGACCUGGAGGCUUUCCCUGACUAUCUUGAUGUUAUCGGCGGAGAAGAUAAUAUGAUGGAUAUGGGCACCAUGCAAGCCAAGGUUGAUCGCAACGAGUACCGAAAUAUUGAACAAAUUGAGGCUGAUCUUCGAACACUUGCAAGUGCUGCGCAAAAGUUCAAUCCGCCCGGGUCAGUCCCUCACAAAUCGGCAGGGAUCAUCCUCGCCCAUGGUCUCAAGCACAUUGAACGUUCUCGCCCUCUUGUUUUGACCCCUCCUUCCAGUCCUCGAGACUCUGCCACACCCGCCAGAGCGACAUCUGUCCUUUCUACCCGCGAGUUGACAGCCGCUCUGGAAGAGAGGAAGGCAAGGGACGAUGUGCCUCCCCAUCUUUACAUUCCGGAAGAGAUGCUUUCUUUCCCACCCAACAGUGUUAUGGCCCGAGCAGUCGGGUGGAAUCUCAACGGAGGUAAACGUAUGUACAACAAGCGUAUCUCUCGUGCGCGUGAAAAGUUUGGCGGGAAAUGGCGCAACUGGACGACAGACGGUAGUCGCGAUAUCGCAGAAGCGGAUGAUAUCCACUUGCUCUUUGAUCCGUGGCGGGUGAGGACAGGUGAAGAAUGGAGAAAGGUCCCUGACUGGCAGGCGCUGAGGAAUGAGACAAACUGGUGGGAACUGGAAAUGCCUCCACCACCACCCCAGUCAGCGGCUCAGCAAGCUCCCUUACCGUUUAAUCCUGGGGAGCCUCGAUUGGACAAGGUGCCCCUCCAUGAUUUUGUCCCUUACGAUUUCGGCCAGUAUCCUUCCAUAUCAUCCGAAAUAUCCUUCUUACGUCAGCGUAUACCGAAUCUAUCUGAAGAAGAAGAUAUUCUUUCCGAACACAUCCGGCCAGUUUAUCCUCGAUUAAAAAAGGGUGAAUCAGCCCCGCCACCUAAUCUUGUAAAUAUAUAUGAUGGGCCGCUCAGAAGAACAGCAGGCGAUUGGGUGAGGGAGAUGGCCACUGGGGGCGUGAUAGGGGAGGCAUACAUUGAUAGUCUUAAUAGGUUCGUCAAGGGAGCGAUGAAGGAGGGUGCCGAGAAGGAUUUGUCUGGCGAGCAGGAUACCAAGCCAAAUUUGGGAAGCGAGCAGCUUCCGCUGGACGAAUACGUCAUGACCAGCUACCACACGCCCUUCCUCCAAACUUCUACCCGACAAACGAUUCACGACACCCUUGGCCAUCUUUCGCCUUUAUCUGCACGUCCCGAUUACAUCCUUCCUUUGGCCAAGGCCGCAUAUGCCCGUGUCGCACUUCGUCUGCUCACGGGCCCAUCAAAUCCCAUGGAUAUCAAGCCGCUCUUGCGGGAGGAAGGUGAUUUCAUGUACCAAGGGGUCGGUGGCAAGAGUGGAGUCAAUGUUGGAUUGGAGUGGACCGGUGAGGAGCUGAGAAGGCUGGUAGAGAAAAUGAGCGUUCAAAAACAAUACCUGGCCGGGAAGCGGAAGAGGGAAGAAGGAAAUGGGGUUGAAGGGGAGACUAAGAGAAUCAAGAUGGAGGCCGAUUCAGCAGCUGCUAUCACCGAUAAACCGUCUCUUAUUUCCGAGUCGGUUACCUCUCAUCCCCCUCAACCACGAGACGCAGCUGUAUCAGAAGAACCCGAGAAGAUUAACGAUGAAGAACUGAAGCGUCUCAGGUUGGAACUCGUAGCGCUCAGUAAAUUCUACCCUCUUCCAGCGCUGAAGAAAAUGAGCAAGGAAGAGGCUGCAAAGUUGCUGCCUGUGAAUGUGAGAGGGUUGAUGUGUAGACCUUAAGGCGGUAGAUAUAGUCGGGGAGCACGUAGUGUUUCUUGGAUCGCCCGCCGAGAACUGCAGUUGUAAAACAGUCAUAUGCAUUGUACAA